AUGCCUGAAGGUUUUGGGGAGCAUAGGGCGCAUGAGCCACGAUCGCGACACGCUUGCGCGAAUUUGCUUAUAAAGGCUAAAUGCCACGCUUUCCCUCAGCCCUGCCCCCGACCUAGGCCAGAGGAAACUAUUAGGUUCGGAGAGGGAAGGCGGGACCAAAAUGGUCCGAGGUCCUAUCCCAGCCACGGGAGGUUAAGGGGGCGGGGCGCGCGUGAGGACCCGAGUUCAAGGGGCCGGCUACGAUUCCGCCUGACGGCGCAGCCGCCUCCGAGGCCUCAGAGCAGCGGGUUAGAGCUGAGGGGGUGUGGCGGACAGGGGCUGCCUCCCCAGGGGGACGUCCCUGGCGGCUUGGGAGGCGGUGCUGGCUCACGUGGGGCCGUGGGCGUGGAUAGCUUUUCAGGCGAUGGACUUGCGGGCCCCGGAGAGAACCUGGGAGGCAGUCUCGGAGCGAGACGGUUAACGGCUCCAGUUAAAAUGGCGGCGGCGGCGGCACGAGCCUGGGCCCUGCGAGGGGGGCUGGCAUUGGCCCGGCGGGGGCCUCGCGGAUUGGCGGGAUCCGCCACUUGUUGGCAGCAGGAGGAUUUCUCAUCCCUGGAUGAAAAACCUCAGUUCCCUGGUGCCUCUGCUGAGUUCGUGGAUAAACUAGACUUCAUUAAACCUAAUGUCAUUUCUGGCAUCCCUGUCUACCGGGUGAUGGAUCGCCAGGGACAGAUCAUCAAUGCCAGCGAGGACCCCCAGCUGCCUCCGAAGAUGGUCCUGAAGCUGUACAAAAGUAUGACCCUUCUCAACACCAUGGACCGAAUUCUUUAUGAGUCCCAGAGACAGGGCCGGAUCUCCUUCUACAUGACGAACUACGGAGAGGAGGGCACUCAUGUGGGCAGUGCAGCCGCCCUGGAUGACACAGACCUGGUGUUUGGGCAGUACCGAGAGGCAGGAGUGCUGCUGUACCGAGGCUACCCCCUGAAUCUGUUCAUGUCCCAGUGCUACGGCAACUCGAGUGACCCCAGCAAGGGGCGCCAGAUGCCCGUCCACUAUGGCUGCAAGGAAAGGAACUUUGUCACCAUCUCCUCCCCCCUGGCCACACAGAUCCCUCAGGCGGUUGGAGCAGCCUACGCAGCCAAGCGGGCCAAUUCCAACCAGGCUGUGAUCUGCUACUUUGGGGAGGGGGCAGCCAGUGAGGGUGAUGCCCAUGCUGGCUUUAACUUUGCUGCCACCUUGGAGUGCCCCAUCAUCUUCUUCUGUCGUAACAAUGGCUACGCCAUCUCCACGCCCACCUCGGAGCAGUAUCGGGGUGAUGGCAUCGCUGCCCGAGGCCCUGGCUACGGCAUCAUGUCCAUCCGAGUGGACGGCAAUGACGUGUUUGCAGUGUACAAUGCCACCAGAGAGGCCCGGCGGCGGGCAGUGGCUGAGAACCAGCCCUUCCUCAUUGAGGCCAUGACCUACAGGAUCGGCCACCACAGCACCAGUGACGACAGCUCAGCUUAUCGUUCCGUGGACGAAGUGAAUUACUGGGACAAGCAAGACCACCCCAUCUCCCGGCUGCGCCACUACAUGCUGAGCCGAGGCUGGUGGGACGAGGAGCAGGAGAAGGCCUGGAGGAAGCAGUCCAGGAAGAAGGUGAUGGAGGCCUUCGAAGAGGCUGAACGAAAGUUGAAACCCCCACUCGGCCUCAUCUUCUCAGAUGUGUACCAAGAGAUGCCAGCCCAGCUCCAGAAGCAGCAGGAAGCCUUGACCCGCCACCUGCAGAUGUAUGGGGAGCACUACCCACUGGACCAUUUUGAGCAGUGAGGGAGUGAGCAGAGAGAGGGCCAGGGGCCAGACCCAGCCAUGCAACCAGGACCUGCCCCUGGUUGGGCCCCCCUUUCCUCUCUCCUGCUAGAAGUAAAGUUUGGAGAGGCCAACCCUCCCGGAGACUUGGGUGAGGGAGGAGGUGUGGGGGUGGAGUAGAAGCCAUCUCUUGUCUGAACUCUCCAGACACACAGCUAUGCCACCCCCCCUCCCCCACCCAUUAGCCCAACUUAGAAACCUUCCCUCUUCCUGGGUGGUCACUGCGCCUGGGAAGGGCAGGGCAGGAGGGGGACAGGCGGUUGAUCUCCAGCACUUCCAGUCUGUGGCAGUGCCUUCUCUCCAGGCCUUUUGGGAAAGCUCAGGCUGCUGGUCCUUCAAGGCCCAGCCAAGGGGCAUUCAGGGCUCCUCAGGGAGAGCCAGAACACAGAUGGAGUUGGACUAAAGUAUAUGGGGCUGGGAGGACAGAAAUGGUGCACUUGGUGGCUGGGAGUCAAAUAAAGAUUUCUUUGCAUUUGACCCA